AGCUUGCGUCCGAGCUUGACACAGAGUUGACUAUGCCAAUUAAGUCCAGUACUCUGAAAAAAGAAGGAACUAUACCAUAAUCGAAUGCGGCAGGAUGGAUUCACCCGAACGGGGCUGAUGAGCGCUGAUGUUGAUUUGUUCGCUGAGUUGCAUCUUCACGGCUUUGCCCUUUUUUCUCUCUGUUUUAUUAAUUGGAUCGGACGGGGGGCAUUGUAGUCUUGGCACCAUCACUUCACUUCUUAUCUUUCAUCAUCGUCUUUUUGAUCAGCUUUGAAAUCAGUUUACUCUUUGUCUGAUAUUGCGUGUUUCCUGUCAGCAUCAGAGCUUUAGUCUGAUAAGCCCCCCUCAUAUUUUCAUCCCAUUUGACAUUUUAUCUAAUUUUGUCUCUUUCUCGCUCUGCCCACUAUCAUAACCAGCCAUCUCCAAAUUAGCAAUAAAAGUUAAGCCUUACCCAAAUUUGCCAUUUGUUUGCCCCAACCGAACUUUAAUCCAUCCUUGUUUUUAUUUUACUAAUAGAAAUUAUUAUACCCAAUAAACUAUCCUAUUUCUUAACUCCUAAUUUUUCUUAAAAUCCCUUCUUGGCAGACUAAAUCUACAAACUGAAUACUUUUUCAUCGAAACUCAAAAUGUACUUUUGAUUGCUAUUUCUAAGCUUUUUAUUCACUUGAACUUGAACUUGUGAUCUAACUUACUAAAUGGCAGCGCGAAUGUCUAGUUGCAAUCAGCAGGACCCCGUCGAUCUACCGCAACUCGUUUCCGAUUUGAUUCCACCCGAAAUUACCAUUGAACAUCCGAGUCCCGAGUUGAAGCACGACUUGAAGUUGCAGCUCCAACAGCCUGUUACGACUACGUCGGCUGUUCCGAUGGGGUUUGGUGGCAGCGGCGGAGCAGGGGGUCGUAAGUUCCGACCGAGGAAGAGUGGCUUAUCCCACCUAGUACAGUGCAGUGGGAUUGUGGGGGGUCUUCAAACCUCGGACGAGAGUGAAGGAGGAAAAGGAGAGGGACUGGACCGGAAGCAAUUCCAGCUGGGCUCAUCUUCAGGGCCGACUGCUACAAUCCAAAUUAACAGCAAACAGAAACAGACGAGAAUUUCCAAAUCUAUUCAACCAAUCGCGACAAUCAGGAGAAAUAAACAGAGAGCUUUUUCAAACUGCGAACAGCGGAAAAGAUCGACUGGAAUGCGAGAGCCGAACGGUUCAAUCCGAGCGGGUGCCGAGAUCCGACUCCGAGCGAUGAGCACGGGGACGCCCCCGAAUGAGGACUCGGAAUUCCACGGGCGGACUCGGGUGAACUCGGCACACGAGCACAGCUCGGCUCCGGAGGCGAUGAGUAAGGGGAGUAUGAGUCUGUUGUCGCCUGUUUCGUGGGAAAUUGAAUUCCAUAAGCUGUCCGCCUCUUGUCCCCUCAACUUCAAUGGACAACUUCCAGAUGGGGUUUUGAAUGUGCGCACUUCGUUCCAGAGCCGACCCAGUCUCAUAGCUCUGGGAUCCAAGGCCAACAGCGUCACUAAAUUUCCAGUGUUCGUCCAGACAUACUCGAACAAUUCCAACAGUGGCAAUCCAAACGACACUCAUGAAGAUGCCGAUAGCUUCUUGGGCGAGCGGAAAGACUCGACCAUCAUCAUCGCCUCUGCUGCUGAAGAGGAGACUCCUCGGAGGAACUUCGACUUCUGCCAGGUGGCCGUUCUGCUGAGUGAGCUGCAACUGCUAGUGGGCAUCCUGGCUGUCACAUUUGCAAUAUCCAUGCACACUUCACCCUCCAUUCCACACUGCUACACUCCUCACUGGGCAGGCGUUCCUCUGUUCAUCGCUGGGUUGAUGGGGAUGGGACUCAAAUGUCGCAACUGGAAGCCAGCCUGUAGUCCACUCACCCUCAAAGUCAUCAAGGCUGUGUUUUCUUUGGUGGUGUUGGUGGCAGGUGUGACGUCCCUAACUGCUGCCGUUCUAUCCAUCUCUUUUCUUCAUCACCUGAUGCAACUUCACACUCCUCAAAUAAUUCCGCCAGUUAAUCCAACCUCCCUUCAGAGCUCUUCUCACAUCGAGGGUUCAAUCGCGUCUUCUCGCUACAAUUAUAAAUGUCUCUUCAAUCAGUCGGAAACCAAGUCCUCUGAGGACCAGUCGGAUGAUGGGAUCCGGGAGUUCUCGGUUGCCAACAUGCGCAAACCGGACGACUGUGAGAACUUUUUGUUCAACGUGAAAAAUUACUCUUUCAUGCAGUGUGUGAUUCUUCUAAUUGGAUGUUCGGUUUCUGUCGUGAUAAUUGCAAACAACUACUUGCAUCAAAUCAGAGGCAAGAUUCGUAAGGUAAAAGAAAACCGGGUCUCUCUAAGGUUUUCGGGCACUGAUGCCAAUAAACAUCUGGACCGGAUCAAAGAGUUCCAGAGUCGCACAACUAACAUGGCAAAUUUGGUCAACAAUUGCAGCUUCGACUAUCCGGAGACAAACAGCGACGCCUGUUACCGAGACGAGAACAACCGAAUGGACGAGCACAAUUUCCACGACUGGAGUCCGACGACUCGUCGCGAGAUGUUCCAGUUGCCCCGAUUCCGCAACUCGAAAGACGGCAACAACGUAUUACCAGGCGUCAUCGUAGAGUCCAUGGAUGACAGCCUCUGAUUUUCCUAAUCGAAACAAAAAAUAUUUGUAUCCUCGUUUAUCUCACUUGAUGUAUCACUCCAUGCAUUAAAUAGUUAAUGCCAAAUUGUUAGCAAACUUU